GGGGGUGUCGGGCUCACAGCUGGGGCAGAAGCCCGUCUUCUGCGGCGCUUCUGCGAAGGAAGCGCCGCAGUCAAUGUAGCGGGGGCCAUGCUGCGGUGGUACUGGGCUUUGUGGCUGGCAGCCGCACGUGGCGCGACACCCUAUGCGACACCGCAGCUGAGAGGAUUUGGCCUGAUCGACGUGCAAGAGAUUGGACUUGGUCUGGCUGCUCGAAACCUGUCGGCCAUCCAAAAGGUGCUGAUUACGGUGGCAAACAGUUCCAAUGGAACAGAAGAGGUCCUGCAUGAAAUGGAAGAGAUCGUGAAUGAGACCUUGGAGCCUUCUGUGAAGAGGGACUUCGAGAUGGCACAGUUUGAGAUCAUUGAAUUUCACACACUUUUCUUGAAGUGCGAGGAGGAUCAGCACGAGGCAUUGAGCCAAUCCGCCUCUCAGCAAAAGCAGAUCAUUCACUUGGCAGAUGAGCAUUUGAUGUGUCGGAAGCACCUGGUGCUUCUCAUGGAUGCGAGUCGGUCCUGCGAAACCCUGCAGCAAGCAGCUCGGACAGUGGUGGAUGCGAGAUGUGCUUUAGAGCACAGUUCGGCGAUCCCGGAUGUCACGGCGUGUCAUGCCUGGCCGGAUGAGGAUCCGGAGGCAUACCAUGAACGAAAGAUCAAGGAUUUUGAAGCGAGCCUGGCGCAGAUCCUGGAGAGGAAGAAGGCAUGUGAGGAGGCCAAGGCCGAGGUCGUUGCCCAAGAAGCACGAUGUUCGAAAGCUGCUCAGGAAUUGAUCAACGGCCACCAGGAGUGCGAUGAGAAGCAGCUACGCUUGGACAGCGCCGUGUGCGCCUUACAAUCCCACAUGGCCACCAGCUGCGAAGGCUACCGCACCUGCCGUUCCGCAGCCUUGAGCGGCGUGCGCUCCGUGAACGCCACCGUGCAGAGCGCCGAAGCAGAAGUCCAGGCCACCUGGACCCUGCUCACCAAGGUGCGCUGCAUGAUCGAGGGUGCUCAGCAGAAGAACGUUUCGAAGGUUCAGAUGUGUCUGGAGCAAACGAACGUCAGCCUCAAGAAUCUCACCAUCAACUACACCACGGUGCCUGCCGUCACGCCCUGCCAGACUUUGGUCGAAGCGCCCGGGUCCCCUGACUACAUGGAGGCCCUGUACGGACACGUGCCCAAGAGAGCACCAGCCUCUGCAUGCCAAGCAUCCUGCUGCCACUGACAUUCUUUGCCGAGCUCUGGCUUGGCUGCUCAGUCGAUUUUCGCAGCUCGCGGAUC